UGGCGGAGAGCCCUUGCCGGAGCUGCAACCCUCGUAGCAGAGAUUCAAGUGGGAAACAGAGGGGGAAUCCAGAGACAGACCAGCGGGGGAAUUAGGAACUGUGACGUCGUGUCCUCCCUCCUGUGCCGGAGCAAGCAAAGGAAGGAGAGGUAGAGAAAAAAAAGACUGAGCCUUGCAACCAACCGUCACCCUGACGAUGUGUCAGUCAAACACUCUGCAGGGACAUCUACACACAGGGAAAUGGUGAGAUGCUAUAAAGCUUUAUCUAACCCUCCACCCUCUUGCUACAACCUCCGCAAAGUUAAAAUUCAUGUCCGGAGGCUGCGUUCAGGGAACGGCGGCAGCAGCAGCUGUGCCGGGGACCAGCACCCACAACUGGAGAGUCCAGGCCCGGCUGGCUCUGCCGGUGAUACACCAAAUAGGAGAAGCCGUUUCAGGUUGCAAUUCCCCCAGCUGGCCCUGAGGCGAAGGUUGGGCCAGCUGAGCUGUAUGUCUAGGCCUGCUCUGAAACUCCGUUCUUGGCCUCUGAAUAUUCUCUAUUAUCUUCUGCCUUUCGGUGCUCUUAAACCCUUGACCAGAGUGGGAUGGAGGCCUAUGAGCAGGGUUGCUCUGUACAAAUCAGUACCAACCCGCCUGCUCUCACGAGCCUGGGGUCGCCUGAACCAGGUGGAGCUGCCUACAUGGCUCCGGAAGCCUGUUUACAGCCUAUACAUCUGGACAUUUGGAGUGAACAUGAAGGAGGCAGCUGUUGAAGAUUUACAUCACUACAGAAACCUCAGCGAGUUCUUCCGCAGGAAGCUGAAACCGCAAGCACGGCCAGUCUGCUGUUUGCACAGUGUGAUUAGUCCCUCAGAUGGAAAGAUACUUAACUUCGGACAGAUAAAAAACUGUGAAGUGGAGCAGGUGAAAGGUGUUACUUAUUCACUGGAAUCUUUCUUGGGACCUCGCAUCAGCACAGAGGAGCUGCAUUUUGGUCAAGCUCCACCUGGCAACUCAUUUCAGCAACAACUUGUCACAAAGGAGGGGAAUGAGCUCUACCACUGCGUGAUCUACCUUGCACCAGGGGAUUAUCACUGCUUCCAUUCACCCACUGACUGGAGAGUGUCACACAGACGUCAUUUCCCAGGCUCUCUCAUGUCUGUGAAUCCUGGGGUUGCUCGCUGGAUCAAAGAACUCUUCUGCCACAAUGAACGGGUUGUCCUUACAGGUGACUGGAAACAUGGCUUUUUCUCUUUAACAGCGGUAGGAGCAACAAAUGUGGGUUCUAUCCGCAUUUACUUUGACCAGGAUUUGCAUACCAACAAUCCACGUUACUCAAAAGGUUCCUACAAUGACUUCAGCUUCAUAUCCAACAACAAGAAGGGAAUCCCCAUGAGGAAAGGAGAACAUUUAGGGGAAUUUAACUUAGGCUCUACUAUUGUACUAAUCUUUGAGGCACCCAAGGACUUCAAAUUCCACCUCAAGACUGGACAGAAAAUCCGCUUUGGAGAAGCACUGGGAUCUCUGUAGAAACUAUCGCAUCAAGAAGGUUUUAUAUACAAAGGAACUGAGUCACACCACUGAGAGUUACAUUUAACAAGUAUGUAUCACUCAGCAGGACCUGAGUGAGGAAAACAGUAGAUGUCAUUGCUCUGUUAGACUUGGGAGCAUCUGCCCUAUAUUUACAUACUGCUGCUGAAUGCAGAAAAAGAAUCAGAUGAUCCAUAUAUGUAUCAGGUACAGCUGCCUUUAAAAACAUUGACAAGGGAGGUUUCAGUCCCAUCCUGUGCCUGCAGUCUUUCAUGUUCUCCUCAAUGUGCCACAGGAUAAUUAUGUUCUCAGAGCCUGUAAGUCUCUUAAGCCUUUCUAGGCUCUGCAGGUGCAAUGGGGAAGGGUGGAGGUAGAGAUUAGCUGUAUUUAAAGGGACACUGACAGGUUGAUUCGGACCUAGUACUUCAGAUCUGUAACAGAUGGUGACAGACCUUGGAUUGAGAAUGUAUUCUCAUUUCUGUUUUAAAACAAUCCUCAAAAGUUCUUAAAUAAAAGGCAGCCUGUGAAUGCACGGGGAGCCAAACAGUUAAAUUGGCUAGUAUGGCUUUACAGUCCAAACUUAGCAAUGUGUACAACAGAUAGCAUCAGUACAAUAGAUAAGACUCAUCAAGUUUGUUUUCUAAUGUUAGACAACUUUAGUUCUUUUACCUGACAUUGUCUCUUUAAAAAAUGGACUUUGCACUGUAUUUUAAACCUGACAACACUGUGUCUACAUUCCAUAUGAUGAAACUGGUCUUUUUUCUUUUCUUCUUUUUUUUUUAAUAGUAGCAGACAGAUCUGUGUAUCCUACCCCUAAUCCAUGGUUUUAUUUUGCUGUUCCAGGCCUUAAAGAUUUUGUUUGUAUGAGCAAAAAACUAAGAUUGUGACAAAGUAAAAACAGGAUUAAGGGUUGGAAGGUAGAGAGGAUGUUUCUCUUCUGUGAUGCAACAAGCUGGCAGCCAAAAUAAGAUAUAUAGCAGAAAGUAAAAAAAAAAAAAAAAAAAAAAAAAAAAAAAAAAAAAUUUAUCAAGAAUUCAGUGACUAAGCAACAAUUAAUUCCUCUAUUUAAAGAACAGUUUCAGAUUCUUAAGGACCAAUUUUUAUUUGCACGGAAUGAAAUGCCAUAUGCACUGACUGUGUAUUAAAAAUACUACAGACCUUUGAAGCAGUCUAAAGUUGCCUCCAGGUGCAUUAGUCUGGCCAUCCUAUAAUGGACUGACAACUAUUUCUUGCUCAAAAUAUAAAAAAAGCCCCACCCCUGUUCUGACUUCUAUCCUCAUACUUAAUAUUAGGAAUGUGCUGGGAGCUGAAAGCUCUACUCUGAAGCUUCAUCCUACAGCAGAACUUCAGAGCCUGUUUGUAACUUCAUGUCAAGAAAAGUUAUAACAAAUACUAGCACCUUGGAUCUGCUGAGCAUAGUACUAAAGGGCAUUGACAAACUGGUGCCAAAGUGAGGAUUUCAGUUUUAAAGCAAUGUAUCAGUUCUUAGAGAAUAAGCUCUAUUCUGAGUCCAGGCACUCUCAACUCUUUGCUGCCUCAAGCUUGCGGGAAUGGAUAUGCUUAUGAAACCUGCCUUUCUGAUCUCAAAGAUUUCUCAUACUAUUUCCUUGCUUGAGCCUUGGCUGUUUUUCCUGCUGCUUCAAGGAGAUGGUAGGCUUUGACCAACUCCAGUCUCCUAAAGAAAAAUUUCUCCUUUGUAUGCACUGCAGAAAAUAGAAUAUAAUGUUGUUGUACAAAUGUCCAGUUUGCCAAGUCCUGUAUGCUUAGCUUGUCAUCAGGGAAGGAGUGAUAAACUGCAUCUAGUGAUGUAGCCCAGCUGUUUGUGUUGCUUUAAGAUGAUGGUGGCUGCUUGAGUGGCAAGCAGGAGAAAAUUAUUCAUUUGGCUCCAAGAGUCAAUGUUUUCUCAUGUUACAUGAGGAGUUUGAAAAGCUUGAAGUGGCUCUCUGCCACCUAUCCUGUUAAACUUCUUGGUAUUAGCAAGUUAACUCCUGCAGUAGUAUAUAAGUAUAUACAGGUUCUAGAAAUGUACACUUUUUUUUUUAAACACUUGAGAGAAAUACAAAGGCAAACAGCAGCCCCACAGGUUAAAGCUGUAACUAGUCUCUUGCCUCAAUUUAAAAGACAUGUUAAUAAUAGAAAGCAAAUUUGUUCGAGUGGAUCAAAGAAAAGAAUGAAUAGAUGCCACCUUCUGCAGUGAGGCCUAUGGCACCUGACACAGCCAAAGCAACUUUAAGCUUUAAUUACUUGCUACUCAGCAUCAUCAUCUGCAGUAUCUGAAGGUCACUGUUAGCCUAAUAACAGAGAAUAGGUUGCCUGAUGUUUGCUUUAAUAGGAACCUAAGAAGAGGGAAAAGAUUCAGAGUGCAAAUGGCUGGUUUUGUGAUGGUCUCAAUACUGUGCAAAACUAGCUGAUUAACAGAUGUUAGUUUUUAGGCAGUAGUCACCGAUGGGCCCUGGAAGUAGAAGCAAAGUUCCUGAAGGGUACUGAUAAUGCUGUGAAUUUCUCCUGCAUGGAGAAUCCAUUUAAUUCUUCAACUGUAUCAGUAGCACAGUAUUUUUGUAUGUCAAAGUGUAUGACUUACUGACAUUAACUCAUUUAAUUGCAAACAUUUUGAAAUAAAGACUCUUAUCAGUGUUGCUUA